AUGUCCUCAGACGCUAUUCAUAACAUUGUAACGCUUAUCCCGAAAAGUGGCAAAUUCAAUGAUCUUCUUCAGGCAUUCGAUAAGCUGGCUCAGUAUGUCCAGGCUAACGAGCCUGAGACUCUAUUCUAUUAUGCCGUGCAGCCCAAAAGCAAGGAUCACAUCAUAAUUGUUGAAAAGUAUGAAAAUGUUCAUGCACUUAAGACCCAUGCGCAGUCUGCGCCCUUCAAGGAGUUCGGAAAGGCAAUUCAAGGGCUUGUACAAGCGCCUCCUGAUAUAAAAACAUGCAUUUUUGCUACGGGGUUUGACAUUAGACCUAAAAUAUGA